AUGCCUUCAAGACGGCGUCGAGCCCGUCUGUCUGUCAGCCCUUGGACCGUGAUGAGAAAGGGAGAGAGAGGACGGAGAGGAGAGAGUGCAGUCGACGUAGGCAGAGCCGUUCCUCGGGAGUCUGUCAGGAGUCUGUCGGGAGUCUGCCAGCGAGAAAGCCGUCAAGCAGAGCAAGAAGGAAGCGGCCCCGGGGGCGAGAUAUCAAGGAUGCCUGCUGCGAGCGAGAAGAGGGAGAAGCGGAGGGGGCGUCCACGUCCGCCCUCGAGGCCGCCAGAAACGCAGCAGGGAGUCCAACUAAAAGCGCAGCAAAAGCACUGGCCGUACCGGAAAUACGACAGCAGCGGCCCCGGUUUGCCCGCGUCCAUGCUCGACGUCGCAGAAGGUCGAUGGGAGGAUGCGGUCGUCGAUGCUGGCGAUGGAGGCGCUCGAGGAGCGAUGGGCGAGGAUACGUCUGAAGGCGUGCGAGGACGUCGAUGGCCGGCCGUGGUGCGGUCGAGGGCUUUAGUAGGGCGCGGAUGGCCGUGGUGA